AUGCACAAUCAGCCAGACUUGAACCAAGACAUGCGAGCCAUUCUUAUUGACCGGAUGGUGGAGCUACAGCUCUAUGUGAAUGAAAACUUUGAGCUGAACCACGAGACUCUGUAUUUGUAUUUGGCAGUGAAGAUCACAGAUCACUACCUAGCACUUUCUGAUGCUGGAAGCUUCAAAUAUGCUGUAGAAUCAGUGGUACUAGUGAUCAUAAACGCAGAACGGUGUCCUCCAUGUUUCGAUGACUUCCUCUACAUUUGUGAUGAUGCCUACAAAAGACGGGAACUCCCAGCCAUGGAAAUGAACGUCUUAAGGGGACUCAACUUUGAUAUUAACAUCCCAGUGCCUUACCGAUUCCUCAGACGCUACGCAAAGGUCAGAGCGCUCAAAAGACAUAACCACUAACAAUAGGCUUCCACUUUUAUUCAAUUUUGUCGAUAGUUUACGCUUUACCUAUAAAUACCAUUUCUCCCAAUAAUAUAAAUGUUUCAUGACUUAACUGAUCCUGCAGGUAGCCCGUGU